CCCGCGGUACACCGAAACAGCCCAUGAACAUUCUGGACACCCCGUGCUAUGGAUUCGGUUCCCGUUUCUUUCUUCCCUCUUGUUCCUGACAUAUCGUUGCAGCUGAUCGAAGCCCUCGGUCAAUUGCGUUUCCUAUCUCCCUUCUUUCCUUCCUCUCCGCCUAUAAAUGAAUACCAUGGCCUCAUUCCUCUCCUUUCUGCGAGUAGUCUUACCACUCGAUGAGCACCGAGGCUGUUGAGUCCCAGCAAGUUGUCGUGGAAUCGGACUACGAUUCCCCCACCUGGCGGCAGCUCAGCGAUUUCAGUGUUGCGGUCACUGGCAACAACUUCCCGUCGCACGCCAGCUACGCGGAUCUGAGGCUGAGUUCCGUGAGGGAUAUGGGAAGCGUUGCGCGAGCUGACAGGAAGGUCGUCCAAGGGGAGUUCGGCUACGUUCUUGAAGACGUGCCCCAUUUCACCGACUACCUUCCUGAUGUGCCGACAUACCCAAAUCCACUGCAAGAUAAUCCAGCCUAUUCAGUCGUCAAGAAGUAUUUUGUUAAUGAGGAUGAUACUGUUCCACAAAAGAUUGUGGUUCAGAAAAACAGCCCAAGGGGAAUCCAUUUUCGACGAGCUGGGCCUCGUCAGAGGGUAUACUUUGAACCAGAAGAUGUUUAUGCAUGCAUCGUAACAUGUGGAGGCCUUUGCCCUGGGCUUAAUACAGUGAUCAGGGAGAUUGUAUGUGGGUUGUCCUACAUGUAUGGUGUCAAGAAAAUUGUUGGUAUACAGGGCGGAUAUAGGGGAUUCUAUUCUCGGAACACUAUACCUUUGACGCCAAAGAGCGUCAAUGACAUUCACAAACGGGGUGGCACAAUACUUGGCACAUCACGAGGUGGUCAUGAUGCUAUAAAGAUAGUUGACAACAUUCAGGAUCGUGGUAUUAAUCAGGUUUAUAUUAUUGGAGGCGAUGGGACCCAAAAGGGAGCUUCUGUGAUUUUUGAGGAAAUUCAAAGACGUGGCCUCGAAGUUGCUGUUGCUGGGAUUCCUAAGACAAUAGACAAUGACAUUGCGGUUAUUGACAAAUCCUUUGGUUUUGACACUGCUGUUGAAGAGGCCCAGCGUGCCAUCAAUGCUGCACAUGUAGAAUCUGAAAGUGUCGAGAAUGGUAUAGGUGUUGUGAAGCUAAUGGGUCGCUUCAGUGGGUUCAUUGCAAUGUAUGCUACCCUUGCUAGCAGAGAUGUGGACUGCUGCUUAAUUCCAGAGUCACCAUUUUAUUUGGAAGGCAGAGGUGGACUAUUCGAAUAUAUAGAAAAGCGGCUUAAAGACAACGGGCACAUGGUUAUUGUUGUUGCUGAGGGUGCUGGCCAAGAACUUAUUGCUGAUAGUGUUCGGUCCAUGGGACACGAGGAUGCUUCUGGAAACAAGCUGCUUCUUGAUGUAGGACUUUGGUUAUCUCAGAAGAUAAAGAAUUACUUUACGAGCAGGCAAAGGAUGACAAUUAAUCUUAAAUAUAUCGAUCCUACAUACAUGAUCCGUGCAAUUCCAAGUAAUGCCUCCGACAAUGUCUACUGCACACUUUUGGCACAAAAUGCUGUUCACGGGGCCAUGGCAGGAUACACAGGUUUCACUAUCGGGGUAGUUAAUGGCCGGCACACUUACAUCCCAUUUUAUAGGGUAACAGAAAAGCGAAACAAGGUCAUCAUAACUGACAGAAUGUGGGCCAGGCUUCUAUCUUCCACCAAUCAACCAAGCUUUUUGAGCGCUGAAUACAUUGAAGAAAUAAAAACACCAAGAGAGCCACCAAAAUAGGUUCUUAUGAAGAGAAAUCUCGGGCGACUUUUAUCAGACCUGUAUUGCAAUUUCAGAUUUUAAUUUUGAUCAUCAGCCCUUCUACAUCCAAUAAGUUCCUCUACUUUGGUCCAUGUAAACAUAAUUUUGAAUUGUGCUUUACCACUGUAGACAUCUGUUGAUAUUAUGGAAGGGACUGGUCUGGCUUUUGAGUGAUCUA